AUCAAUACAUUUUCAGUUAACAAGCACCGGGCCUUGAUCAGGUGUACAUCCAUGCAUAGCGAAGGGAUAUGAACGAUAAACACUAGAACAACACGCUUGAAUAGUCUUUGUUAAUGCAGCCGCCUCGUCUUUCGAUCGUGUGAACGAAUAUAGAAACAACAUUCUACAAUACUGCCUCUUAAGGAAGAGAUCACACAGCAGACAUUAAGGGGAGAGAAAGACAUCUAUGGACGGGAGCCCCAGAAGUCAGCUACUGGAUUUUGAAGAAAAGUCAGAGAACGUCAAGGUGAAAUGACAGGCGCUUGGUCCUUCGCAUUAGUCUUCUGCUGACUGUCGCAUUUUUAGCACAUAGUCGAGUUACACUAACUGUCUGUACCGCUACACAGUUCCCGGGUAAACCGGACAACCUGAGCUUUAAAUCCUUCCUUCAUGUGUCGAGUUCUGGCACGUAAUCAUCCGUCAUCUGGGGACUGACUUGCAUAGGAGGAAAAAUAAAUUGCAGUCACCAGUGUAAGCGAACGAAUCCACUGUGAUGAGGCAUUUAUGCUGUCUGUUUAUUACGUGGAAUUUUAUAUUCCGGGACUUUGAGAAGACUUUGUGAAACUGAUACGUGGUGGAAUGGUCCAGAAUCAACCCACCGCCACUAGUUAACGACAUGCUACCAGAAAUAAAUAACAAGUCAUCUCGAACCGAUGCCUUCAGUCGGCAACACAGACUUCCACCGAACGACUCAAAUCGACUUGGCUCCAACAAAGCAUACCCACAGAAGCUGGGUCCCAGUGCCGGCACCCUACCCCAGCUGGAGCUGCCUGCCAAGCAAACCGUGUUAGCGAAUGCCAAACCUCAUCAUCAGCUUGACAUAAUCCUGCCUCAGAUAGGCAGCAAGGUCAUGCCAAAUGUGCAGCAGGAGGAGAGGCACAGAGGCUUGCAGCACCCGAUAAGAUUGAACCCAACGGAGAACCUGGCAGACUCCAGCAGCUACUGCCCUUCAAACAAGCAGGAAAAGCACAAGACAAUUGAGGGUCACAGGCUGCCUAUCACACCUGCAGAAGCGCUGAAGCAUUUCCGAAACCGGCUCACACAGUACGAGCAGGAAGAGAUAAUGGACUACCCUGAGCUGUGGUUUCUUGGGCUGGAUUCCAACAAGAUUGAGGGGGUUCACGGAGAGCCGCAUAACUGUGGGUAUGAUGACGAGCAUGGCAGUUACCUCAAGGUGCUACAUGACCAUAUUGGAUACCGCUUUGAAGUGCUGGAAGUAAUUGGGAAAGGCUCAUUCGGACAUGUUGUGAAAUGCUUGGACCAUAAUACGAACGAGCUUGUUGCUGUGAAAAUAAUUAGGAACAAAAAAAGAUUCCACCACCAAGCCUUGGUAGAAGUGAAAAUACUUGAUGCUCUCCGGAGGAAAGACAAAGAAAACAACCACAAUGUUAUACACAUGAAGGAGUACUUCCACUUCCGCAAUCAUCUCUGCAUCUCCUUUGAGCUUUUAGGCCUUUACAGACUGAACCUGUACGAACUCAUUAAGAAGAACAGCUUCCAAGGAUUUAGUCUGCCGCUCAUUCGCCGUUUCGCCUGUUCUCUACUGAAGUGCUUGCAGAUGCUCCACAGAGAAAACAUCAUCCACUGUGACCUUAAACCUGAGAAUAUUCUACUAGCCCAUAAAGGGCAAGGGACUAUCAAAGUGGUUGACUUUGGAUCAAGCUGCUAUGAGCAACAAAGAGUGUACACCUACAUCCAGAGCAGGUUCUACCGCUCCCCAGAAGUGAUCCUGGGCCACACGUACAGCAUGGCAAUCGACAUGUGGAGCCUGGGAUGCAUUCUGGCUGAGCUGUACACGGGCAGCCCUCUCUUUCCAGGGGAGAACGAGGUGGAGCAGAUGGCUUGCAUCAUGGAGGUGUUAGGACUGCCACCCACUGAGUUUAUACAGACAGCUUCUAGGAAGCGGUUAUUUUUUGAUUCCAAGGGAUCGCCUCGAAACACUACGAACAGUAAGGGGAAAAAAAGAUGUCCCAAUUCAAAGGAUCUUGCCAGUGUGCUGAAAACCAAUGACACUCUAUUUCUGGACUUCCUAAGAGGCUGUCUAGUGUGGGAUCCUGCACAGCGCAUGACUCCGGAUGAGGCCGUGCAGCAUGAGUGGAUCCAGGAGGCACGGUUACACAAGACCCGCCCCAAAACACGCCCUGUGAGGAAGUGCUCCGAAGGCAUCCCAGUCAUAGACAGCAACAUGGAACAAAGCUGCAAGAAGACUACGAACAGCAAAACAGGUGACAAGGGGUAUAAAGAGAGUUCUGACAGAGCUGAAGUGUCUGGAAAUGUGGAAGAAACCUUGGAGAGACUGCGACCGAUCGGAGCCUCUGCAGAGGAGGAAGUGCAGGAGGACACGGCCAAACACAAAACAGAGAAACCCAUCAAAAUCAUCCUCAAACCCGAGCCAGUGGAGCACAGACAACACCCCAGCUCUCAGAACCAGCCACAGACCCGAGCCCAUAUCGCAUAACUGCAGGCUGAGAAGGGCUAAGGGCUUCUCUAUAGACAGCUGCUUUAUUUUUCAGUAACAGAAUGUUUUUUGGGUUUUUUUUUUUUUUAGAGUUGUACAUUAAGAGACAUGAAUAAAUUAUUCUCCAAUUCUCAAAGACUGAAAGCUGUCUGGAGCUUUGUUGCCUGUGGACACCAAAGCAAGCUCCAAUGUGCAAUAUCUUCUCUUUUGCUUAACAUUGUUUUUUUUUAGUUUUUCAUUUAUUUGAAAUUAUUAUAGGAUUUUUCAAUAAGUCAGUUCAUGUUCAUAAUGAAUGAGCAAUAUUUGAAACAACAGGUGGCUGGGCCAAAGCUACAAUGCCAGUUUCUAUGGGU